UUCACCGGGGCGGCGAUCGAUUCGACGCGGAGCCAUGGGAGGGGGAUCCAUCCGCGCGGCGGCGAAGGCCGCCAUGAUUGGGGGCUACCGCUCCGCGGCCGUGCGCCGCGCCGUCCUCCCGGUGUCCUCGGCGCCGCAGCCCGCCCCGGCGGGGGCGGGGGCGGGCGAGGGCCGCAAGGCGGCGUCCACCUUCGCGGUGGUCGACGACUGGGUCAUCCUCGACCGCGAGGUGUUCGGCCCGGUGCCCACACACGAGGAGGCCAUGGCCGCCACCCUCGACCUCAAGGAAGCCUUCCAGCUUGCUAAGACUGAAUCUCAUGUUGCUCAAUCGGAAUCUCUCUCAUAUGGUGACCCUGAUGUCCCUAAAAAGGUUGCUCAGGUCACUGUACUUCAGGAUGUUGUUCAUCCGGAAUCACAGGGUCUUGUUCAUUCAGAUACCCAGGGUCUUGUUCAGUUAGGAACAUCUCAGGAUCUUGUUCACCUGGAAACACCUCUGGUUCUUGUUCAUUCAGAAUUAUCUCCGGAUCAAUCUUAUUCAAAAACUUGUGAGCAUGAGGAUAAACAUGACAGUUCACUUGCUUCCUCUGGAGCUUCUGAACGUGUUGUGCAAGCCUUCACAAUGCUACAUGAGAGCCCUGAAACGCAGGACGUUGUUGCCUCACUUGCUUGUGAUACGAACGUUUGGAACGCUGUAAUGAGGAACGAAAAAGUUAUGAAGUAUUACAAGACAUACGAGACGAAGCUCAGCGAAGAUGAGGUGGAAGGCACUGGUGAGUCAGGCUACGCGCAAAACGGCAGCGAGCCUGCCACGGCCAGUGCCGGAGAAGCUUUCAUGGACUACGUGGAGAAAAUGAAGGCACUGGUGUCUGAGAUGGUGACGAACCUUUCAAGCAUUAUGCAGGAUCUAGUUGCAACCUCGAACGAGGGCCAGAGCAAGGGGAAGGUGAAGAUUAUGACCAUGUACUCCCAGAAAGAUUUUGCCACUGCCCCCUCAGCCUUUGUCGUCUUGGCUAUUGCUUCGAUUAUGGUAGUCUUACUUAAGCGCGCGUAGGCCAGUUACCAUGAUUAUAUAAUAAAGUACCUGGUAGGAUAGGAUGGUUGUUUGUUGCUGACGACAUUAGUUUUUUGUCACCAGUUUUUAACCAGCUUGCACUUAUUUUAUUUUUCCUUCUCAGAACAACAAGUCGUUGACUGUAGAAAUGAAUCCUCCUAAUUGUGUUCACCCGAUAGGCCAGGCGGAUAUGCAUUGCAUGUCAACAAUGCCAUGAUCUUUGACUAUUAAGUGAUCGUGAGUCUAUUUGUUCAGUUCUAAUAUCAUUCCGUUUGUUGUUUCAUACUCCCAUUAGUAAUAGAUUCGUGACUGGUGAAUC